UCUCAGAUGUAAAGACAGACAUUCUGUGCAUAUCUUCAGUCAGACGGAGAAAGAUUACUCUGUAACACUUUCCCUCGUCUGUCUGCGGUGGAAAAUAUUAACCGUCUCUCACUCGAUUGGGAUAGACCACGCCACUCCAAAGUCUCAUUCAUCGUGAACAAAAGUAGGAAUGUCACCUUCGUGGCCAAUCAUAAUCACUGUCUAUUUUUAGGCUGCUCGGAGUUUCUAGUUACAACGAAAACACCAGCGCAGCCCGCGGACAACGAAGAGGUGACGAAGCAACUUCUUUCCGACCGACAGAGCGAGAGGCCAUCGAGCUCUGGAAAGUUUCAGAUGUGCUUGUGCGACAGUUUACCUACACAGUGAAGGAGUGCCAGUUGUGAUCCAACGACCAUUCCUCAUGCCUUGAGAGUUAUGAGGGUGUUCGCCACAGGAUUUUUCCUGGUGUGGAUAUUUCUUCUUCAUCAAGGAAACUGCAACUACGCAGAGGUUCUGUGGGGACAAUGUUAUGCAUUUUGUCUCACGCGACAGGAGUCUCGACAUAAGGAGACUGGCGAUGGAGACGUAGAAACAAUUCCAAUCCCAUCCGACUCCGCCAUCCACCUCUGUAGGAAAGACAGAAAUUGCAAAUGGUGUCUGUAUGCCUGUGACAGACCUAGGGAUCAGCAGUACAAUGAACUCAGCAGUUGCUUGGAAGACUGUAAAAAUCCCAGAAUCCGACAUCGAGAAGAAGCUCGGCAGGCAUGUAAUGACAGCUGCGAGUUUGUCUCAAGGUCAGCAGAGUUUAAAUUUGGGACAUGUCCAGCACCAUCAGCUAUGGAGGAAUUCACCGCUGCCUGUGUGGAGGAGUGUGGCCGUGACCUUGAUUGUGAUGGCAUGAACAAGUGCUGCGGCAAUGGCUGUGGCCACGUGUGUCACAGUCCCAUUGACCAUGAUGUGUUUCCGCCUGUUCCUGCUAGACUGAAGUUCAAAGAGCGUAAGGAUGGUGGAAUGCUGGUGGAAUGGAAUGUGGAUGCGGACAGCACUAUCAUCAAACCGGUGGUUUUUGUUCUGCGCUGGUGGUGCCCGUACUCAGAGGAUGUCUUACAUUCUAUUACAACUAAGUCUCGUGUGAAGUUAAAAGGCCAUCCCCACGGUAUUCAACCUGGAGUAAAAUGCAACUUUAUGGUGGCGGCCAUGAACAUUCGUGGUUCUCAAGGAUUUUCCCGAGCUCAGAACUACAUAAAAAAUUUCUUGAACCCAUCACCUCCUCUCAAUCUGGAGAAAAUACGCACUCGACUUCAGCAGGACAAGGUGGAUGUCACUAUUCGAUGGCAGCCUCCCAUGUACACAGAUGGCCUGCCUGUUGCCCGAUACUUGGUGUUUUGGAGUGAAAAACUUCCCAAGGCUAGCCCCAACUAUGUUCGACUUCAUAUGCACAAAAAGGCUGUGAAAGCAGACAGCACAAGAUAUACAGUUGCUGGUCUUGACCCAGGGACUUUGAUAUUUGUACAGGUGAGAGCGGUGGUCAAGUGGAAGGGCAAGUCUGUGAGAGGGAAACCAGCUUCUAUCUUUAUUGAAGCAUACUCGGCACCUCGGACAGUCGAUGAAGACACAGACACCAGGUUCACAGGCAGGACUCAUGGGAGUUCACACAUUCACAACAUCUCAGUAGAAAAGCCAAAGUUUCUCCAAUCAAAACUGAGUGCUCAUGUCACUUGGUCUGUGUACCCGGGUUCAAAACUCAUGAAGUACAUGCUCUACUGGUCCCCUGAUGUAUGCAAGGGGGAAGCAAGACACAGAAAAACCAGGGACAGAUUACAGAUGGAAGCCACCUCACAUAGACGAGAAUUUCUCUUGUUCGGCCUGCUCCCAGACUGUGUGUAUGAGUUGCAGAUCCAUACAGUCAACUCUUACGGGGAACAGGACGAGGGUCGGCGGAAAUUUUUCAGCACACCCUCUUGUGAUGAAGCAGAAGGACAAGGAUUUGAUGUAGUUUGUCCUCCUAAAG